AUGCUGCAUUGGACGCAGCAGGAGAAGGCACGACCCGAAGCGGAGACCAGGCGCUCCGUGCUGCGCUGCACGGUGCGAACAGUAGCGAGUGAAACGAAGAUGAUGAUGGUGAUGAUGACGGCCGUGUUACGCGACAUCAAGCCAGAGAACUUGGUGCAGUCAAGUCUGGAAGCUCCAUUGAGACCGUCGACGUCAACGUCGUUGGCAUCCUCGUUACCAGUCAAUUUGGUGGACUUUGGCAACUGCUUGGAUGCGGACGAGCCAGCGGCGUAUGCUGACGUGGACGCUCGUGGGGGCUUUGACGUGCAGACUGUCACGUAUCGUGCUCUACAAGUGACAGCAGGUCUCUUGCUCUGCUCGAAGAUGGAUAUGUGGUCGAUCGGGUGCCUCCUCUUGGAAUGCGUGUUGGGAAAACCGCUGUUCACACUGCCACCUCUCGAGACGUCGAUGCGAGAGCGUGCAGACGUCAUGAAGGUUGAGAACGCCAAUCUCUUGGAGCAGACCGAGCACGUCGUGACACACAGAGUCUUGCUGGAUGCUACAUAUGCCCCGUAUCAGUCUGCUGCAUGCUACACUGAGGAAGCUCCCGAGAAGUGCCGAAGGGUUGGCCAUGACAAGCAAGCGGAGACAUUGCAAGCACGUCUACAAGCCGUAGAUCCCGGGCAACACCGAUUUUACGACUUUGUUUGCAGUCUAUUGGACGUCAACCCCGCCACGAGAGUCGAUGCAAAGCAAGCACACUCUUCCUUCUCUUCCUGCAAGCCUUCUUCCCGUUCGGAACUGUGUUUGCUCGAUCAGAAGCUCAUCCAGCUAGCUCAGAACGUGAGAUCCGUCUUCCUGCUGCACUUGCAUAAGGAAUGGCGAUCUCGAUCACGCGAACACGAGGUACUGGAAAUUAUACGGACGUCAGCGCUAGCUGACCGUCGAUAUCGUCGUCUGCUGAUGCUCAGCACACAGCCACCUCACGGCUUAAUAGUCCAGGAGUCCAAGUCUGCGAUGUCUGAUAGUCCAGAGUCCGAGUCUGCGAUGGCUGAGGCUCCUCGAGGCGCGCUGAUCCCAUACGGCCUUAAAAUGUCGUACGCAAACUGUUUUUGCCUCUACACGUUCGCGAAGGGUGCAGAAGGCCGCUUCCUUGCAGAUUGCUGCAACGUCAGCAACCGUGAACGUGCGAGAGCUAUGAUGAAUAAGCAUUGCGAGGUCAGUUGA